AUGGAAGUUGCGUGGAAUGGGUUUGAUAAUAGAGAGUGUGAUGAAUUCAAGGCAGCUUUAGAGCACAUGGGAUGGUUGGCUCAUAAAGGUGGCGUACGAGGGGCUCUUCGAAAAGAUAACUUGGAUGCACUCAUUCUGCCAACGUGUGUCACCAAGUAUUCCAGCUCUUGGUGGGUACCCGAUCAUCACAAUUCCUCUGGGGUUCUGUUCUGUCCAAAGGACACCGAAAUCAAAAUGUGCGCGCGAGGAGACCUGAUAGAACGUGGUCCAAAUUUGCCCUUCGGACUUGGCCUUCAUUGGCGACUUGUUCAUUGA